AUGGAAUUGGGUUCUGCAGCUUCUUCAAAACCCCCACAAAUCUCCGAUAUGUUCCAAAAGUUUGCAAUCGCAUUCAAAGCAAAAACCGUCGAAUUCUUCACCGAAGAAGAACAAGAAUCCGCCGCCACCUCCGCCGUCGUCUCCGCCGCCGUCUCCGACAACGAAGACGGCUUCACGUUACUCGACUCUACCGAAGACUUCAUCCCCGAUCAAAAGGUUAUUAUCAUCAAACCUGAUUUCAAUUUUGAAACUACCGAAAGUCAAACUAAAAGUCAAACUCCAAUUCAAAAGCAAAAUACUGUUUCCAUCAUACAACCGUUUGAUACCCACUUCGGUAAUUAUCUGAUCUCUUCUGUUUUCGCUGUGAUUUCAUCGUUUGAAGCUUCGUAUCUUCAGUUACAAACCGCACAUGUGCCGUUUGAUGGAGAGGGUAUUAUGGUAAAUGAUAAAGCUUUAGUUAAUCAGCUUCAAAAGCUGUAUGAUUUAAGAGGGUUAUAUAUAGAUUCUCGAAAGAAUCCGGAUUUUAAUGUUGAUUUUACUAGUGGGUCUUGUUUAGAAGCUCAGGUUAAUGAGAAUCAGAGCAAGUUACGAGCCCUAGAAACUAUGUUUAAUAGGUUACAGUCUGAUAUUGAUGGUAAAGAUGAUAAAGUUUCGAUUUUGAGGAAGCAAUUAGGGGAAAUUGAAGAGGGUAAUGCGAAAUUAUCGAUGAGAUUGUCGAAAAGCUUGAAACCCCCAAAUGGGUUUUUGCCAAGAAUUAGGGUUUUUGAUUCUAUGUUGCGCGAUGCGUGUCGAUCUGCGCAUCGGUUUACCAAAUGUUUGAUCCAGUUGAUGAAGAAAGCUGGGUAUGAUUUGGAUGUAGCAGCUAGUUAUGUUCAUCCGGAUGUUGGGUAUGUGAAAAAGGGGCAUCAUCGGUAUGCUUUUUUGUCAUAUGUUUGUUUAGGUAUGUUUCAAGGUUUUGAAACUGAUAAUUUCGGUUUGGUUGGAUACGAAGGUUCUAAUGAUAAUUCAAUGGAAUUGUUUGAGCAUGUAUCCGUUAAUCCGUUGGAGACUUUAAAUAAGAAUCCGGAUUUUCCUUUCUCGAAAUUUUGUGAAAGAAAAUACGAACAGCUUGUGCAUCCGACGAUGGAAUCUUCGAUAUUCAAGAACGUGGACAGAAAGAAUUUGGAGGUUAUGGAUUCAUGGAGAUCGGUUACUGUUUUCUAUGAUGCUUUUGUUAAUAUGUCUAGUUCAAUAUGGUUACUUCAUAAACUGGCUCGUUUGUUUACUCCACCGGUUGAGAUAUUUCAGGUGGAAAAAGGGGUCGACUUUUCAAUGGUUUAUAUGGAAGACGUAACAAAAAAGUAUUCGAUUCUUGAAAACGGUAUAUCAAAAGUGGGCUUUACAGUGAUACCCGGGUUCAAAAUAGGGAAGACCGUCGUUCAAGCUCAAGUUUAUUUAACCGGAUCAAAGAGUACAAAAUGA